AAGUAAACAAGAAAUGAAAAAGUUUAGUGGAGUUGAGAUUAGAAAACAUAGAUGCAUUAAUAGUACAAGCACAAGUAGAACGAGUGGAGACGCCGCCGCAUUACACGAACUUUAACAACUCUCGUCGUCUGGAAAGGGGGUUUUAGUUGGUGUCAAACACUAAUCACCGGCCGGCCGUCCGAUCAUUUAAGUAAUAUUAUAUCUAAUCAUUCGAUUCGAUGUCUUCAGAGGAUGUGAAAAGGAACGACUCUGCUGUCUCCACCAUCGUCAAUCUGGCCGAGGAAGCUAAGCUUGUUAAACCUCCCUCUUUAGAGCUCCUCAGUAUCUGCAAGUCUCUUCUCGCCGGAGGUGUUGCCGGCGGCGUGUCCCGGACUGCUGUAGCUCCUCUGGAACGACUGAAAAUAUUGCUACAGGUUCAAAACCCUCACAACAUGAAGUAUAAUGGCACCCUUCAAGGUUUAAAAUAUAUAUGGAGAACUGAGGGUUUUAAGGGACUGUUCAAAGGCAAUGGUACUAAUUGUGCUCGCAUUGUUCCAAAUUCAGCUGUGAAAUUCUUCAGUUAUGAGCAAGCUUCAAGGGGUAUCUUGUGGCUGUAUCAGCAGCAAACUGGCAAUGAGGAUGCUCAGCUGACUCCUUUAUUGCGCCUUGGAGCUGGAGCUUGUGCUGGAAUAAUUGCAAUGUCUGCCACUUAUCCUUUGGACAUGGUGCGAGGAAGAUUAACUGUACAGACGGAGGCCUCUCCUUAUCAAUACAGAGGAAUGUUUCAUGCUUUGUCAACUGUGCUUCGUCAGGAAGGCCCACGUGCUCUAUAUAGGGGCUGGGUUCCUUCUGUUAUUGGUGUCGUUCCGUAUGUGGGCCUCAACUUUGCUGUUUACGAAUCUCUAAAGGAUUGGUUAAUAAAAUCUGACCCGCUUGGACUUAAUGAUGGUUCUGAUUUGGGUGUUAUCACAAGGCUUGCCUGUGGGGCUGCUGCAGGAACUGUUGGUCAAACUGUUGCUUAUCCUCUUGAUGUUGUUCGGAGAAGGAUGCAAAUGGUAGGAUGGAAAGAUGCAUCUUCCAUCAUCGUUGGUGAUGGGGGGAGCAAGGCUCCUCUGGAAUAUACUGGGAUGAUUGAUGCCUUCAGAAAGACUGUCAAGUAUGAGGGAUUCAGAGCUUUAUAUAAGGGUUUGGUCCCCAACUCUGUUAAGGUGGUCCCUUCAAUAGCAAUUGCAUUUGUGGCUUACGAACAAGUGAAGGACAUUUUAAAAGUCGAGAUUAGAAUAUCCGACUAACACGGGAGUUCUAAUUUAUAAAGCUUGCAAUUUUUGUAGAUGAAAGGGGGGAGAGAGCUCAACUUGAGAGUUUACAUCCUCUUUCUUGAAGAAAACUAGUGAUGUUUAUUCUUGCUUUCCUUGUUUAGAUCAUUUCAAGUUUUAUUUGACCAUAUGCAUAUUUGUGCUUGUCUAGACGCUCUGUCAAUAAAUUGCAAGGAUAGUAGGAAGUACUGCCUUGCUGUAUUUGUAUUUGGUACUGUAUCCAUUAAUAAUUUACAUUGCUCCACCUGAGUUAAUUCUGAGAAGUAAUGGUCUUGCACUGUUUAAUGAAUCUGGUGCAUGGUUGCAUGAA